AUAAGUAAGUUUAAGGGUGGCAAAAGAUGAAAGGACCAGAGGGAAUACGGGCGAAAGCAGAGCGAGGGUUGGCCUCUCCCCUUCACAAAUAAUGGGAGGAACCUGGCAAGAGGGAGUUCUUUCCUUUCGCCGCUGCGGUCGCAGCCAUGAGUAUGCUCAGGCUUCAGAAGAGGCUUGCCUCCAGUGUUCUGCGCUGUGGCAAAAAGAAGGUCUGGUUGGACCCCAAUGAGACCAAUGAAAUUGCCAAUGCCAACUCUCGUCAGCAGAUUCGGAAGCUGAUCAAAGAUGGGCUGAUCAUCCGGAAGCCUGUGACUGUCCAUUCCCGAGCACGAUGCCGGAAAAACACCUUGGCCCGCAGAAAGGGCAGGCAUAUGGGCAUAGGUAAGCGAAAGGGUACUGCCAAUGCUCGAAUGCCUGAGAAGGUAACCUGGAUGAGGAGGAUGAGAAUCCUUCGCCGACUGCUCAGAAGAUACCGUGAAUCUAAGAAGAUUGACCGCCACAUGUAUCACAGCCUGUACCUGAAAGUGAAGGGUAAUGUGUUCAAAAACAAGCGGAUUCUCAUGGAACAUAUCCACAAGCUGAAGGCAGACAAGGCUCGCAAGAAACUUUUGGCUGACCAAGCUGAGGCCCGUAGAUCUAAGACCAAGGAAGCACGCAAGCGCCGUGAAGAGCGGCUCCAGGCCAAGAAGGAGGAGAUCAUCAAGACUCUGUCCAAGGAAGAAGAGACCAAGAAAUAAAGCACCACCUCUCUUACCUGUACAUAGUGGCCUUGGCAAUUAUAUAGAUCAAUCCUUCAAUAAAAUAGCUUUCAUCUGCCUA